AUGUCUUUCACCAAAAAUGGAGUGUAUACUGUCAGAAAUAUCGGCAAAGACCUCAUGCUCGAUCUGAAGGACGACAGCACCUGGAUGAUCAAGAAACAAACCGAGCCAAAGAACUCCGACAACACUUUCACCAUUCAGACCUACAACAAGGGCUACAAUGGCAAUGGAUUCUUCACCACUGUCAAGGAGGGUGUGAAUGAACCAGUCGUUUAUGACAGGUCCGCGUUUCUCGUCGAACUUGUUCAAGGCGUGAAUGAGACUUAUAGGAUUAGUUUCACUCUCGGGAACCCAGACCUGGUGUGCUAUCCCUUCCGGACGAUGACACUAGUGAAACUGGCGAAUUUCAACUCAGCGGAUGCCUACCAGCAGUGGGUACUCACCCCUGUCAACUAG